AUGGUGCAGCCUCCGUCGCUGGCAGCUCUGCGCGAGCUCAAGUCAUCGCCGCAGCCAUCGGCCGACCACCAACUGCCGCUCUUGCGCACCAUCAAGAACGACAUUGUCGGCCACGGCCAGCGCAAGAAGCUUGUUGUCCGUCAUGGCCUGCUCGACUGCCUGGCCCACACCCUGGCCACUUCCCCGGACCCCGACAUGCACCUGCAGACAACCUUGAUCGUCGCCAGCCUCGCCGAAGAGGGCGCGGCCUUUGUCACUCCCAUCCUCCACAGCAACCUCGUACAACCGCUAUUACUAUUCCUCUCUCCGGAUGCUCCUUCUCCGACCCAUCUGAUCACUGCCUCUCUCCGCGCCAUCAAUGCUCUUGCCGCCUCGUGGAUCCUCUCGCCCAACCCCGACUCCGUCUUCGUCAACCACGUCUUGAACAAGCACACACUCGCUUCCUUCCUCGACAUCCUCCGUCGCCCUCUGCCCACCUCGGUCCAACAACACCACAUUGCUUUGACCUCGACUCUGCUGGCCACAUGUUGUGCUCAUGCCCAUCAUCACGCUUCCAACCUGGUCCACCACGGCAUCCUGGACGCUCUUGCCUCCAAUCUCGCCAGCUUUGCUUUCGUCUACAACAGGAACCAGCAGUCCAAUCACAACAAACUUGAUGUUACCGCUCUCAUAAACGCCAUCUCGGCCAUCAUACGCGACUCGACCUACCGAGCCCACCGUCUCAUUUUUUCUGAUGACCUGAGGCGCAUCUUUUGCCAUCCGUCAGACACCUCUCCUUCAGAUCCUCUUCAAGCCCCCGACUUUAACCACCUCAGAUAUAUCAAAUCUAGCAAUGUCAUUGCUGUCGAUAACUUACUCCCAAAAGUCAUGGUUCCCCUUCAAAAAUCCCUUGCUUUCGGCCACCAUGCCCUCAUCAGCUCCAGACUCUUCCCGGACCACUCUGCAACCAAUGUCUCCGUAAACUCACCUCUCUGCGUCUGGCUCAUGUACCUUGCUCGCUCCCAGCAAGACCCCUGCUGCCGUCUAGCCGCUCUUCGCCUUCUUGCCAUUCUCAACGAUGCUCUUGACGCAGACACUGCCGCUCCCCGCUCAGAUUUGCUCACCAGAUCAAGAGAAAGGGAAAGACAAAUGGCUUUGUUUGCGAUCCCUAUUGCUGUCAAGCUUGUUCAAGACUCACUAGAAGUUCCCUUUGGCCAGGACCUGUCAGUUGUCAGAGAAGACGCUUGUGCUGUUCUAGCCCAUCUCAUUGAAAAUAGCACUGAGCUUCAGCAAGCCGCUCUGGAUGCUGGCGCAGUCAAACAUGUCUCGCAACUUUUCAAGAAGUCGUUUGACCCCAUAACUCUUGCUCGGCCAAUGUGGUCCGCCGAUCCUCAAGCUCUAGACUCGCAAUUACCCGCUACCCCGUCCGCUACCCUUGGACCUGAUGGUCUCGCUCCCGAAGUUAUGCAUGCUAUGAAGUGUAGAGCAGGUGCGCUAGAUGCGCUUGCUGCUAUUGCCGAGAAAGAGGACGUCAACCGCAAAGCAGUCAUCGAUAGUGGCAUCAUCUCCAAUCUUAUCGACUCGCUCGCGCCCAUCAGCGUUUUUGAUUCCUCGAUACUUCCUUCCAAAAACGGCAAUACAGUACCAGUCUUGCUCGCGGCCUGCCAUGCUGCUACAGCUUUAUCGAGAUCUGUUAGUCUCUUGCGCACAGCACUUAUCGAUGCUGGUAUUACCAAACCUAUAUAUGCCCUCUUGUCUUUUCCGGACGUUGAGGUCCAAAUCGCUGCUACUAAUGUUGUUUGCAAUCUCGUUCUUGAGUUCAGUCCCAUGCGUCAGGUAAGAACUUCUGCUCAUCUUUUUGGUCGACACAUGCUGAGUCUGCAGGAUCUUGUCAACGCCGGAGUUGUCACAGCACUGUGUGAGCAAGCGAAACGAUCAAAUUCGAAGCUGCGCCAAGCCUCACUUUGGGCUUUGAAGCAUCUUGUCCUCAAUUCUCCAAAGGAUCUGAAAGUCGAAUGUCUCGAACAGCUAGGGACCGGUUGGCUUAUUCAGGCAGUGAACGGGACGUUCCAGCGGGAAACCUCUAUGGCUCUGGGAAGUAUCAAUGCUGCGGGUCAACAGGUCGAUCUGCUGAAUGCCUCAAACACCCCUGGAAUGGAUAUGGACUGGACCGAACAGGAGAAUGAUGAUGCGAACGAUGACGAUGAAGAUGGCGAAGUAUUGAUGGACCACAACGGUACACGUUAUCAAUCGAGUGGACUUAGGUCGACAUUGGAUACUACUAACUACAAAGCGCAUCUGCGCUUGCUUCGUAAAAACGAACACGACCCUGCAGUUCAGGCAAAACAUGAUGAUAUGCUGGUUCAAGAACAAGCGCUUGAUUUCAUCAGAAAUUUGAUCAACGGCGAUGACAACGUUGCCAUGAUCGAGCAUCUCAACAGCGUUCUAGGUGCCGACCAGCUCUUUGAAAUGCUUCAUAACAAACUUCGACCUAUUGUCGUCCGGCCUAAUUCGCCGAUUGACUCAUAUAGGCAUACGGUAUAUUCUCCGCAGUCACAGCAGUCAGAGACUGUGUGGCAGCCACCCGAGCUGAUCAACGCUGCCCUUGGUGUCAUUAUACACGUGGCUGGAGGAUCAUCCAAACACCGCCAACAGUUGAUAGCGCAAACCCCAUUGUUGAUUGCCUGGCUGCCGCACUUCUCUCACGCCGACCGUCGCAUUCGUGUAGCAUCUGUCUGGGCAAUCAUCAAUCUGACCUGGGUGGAUAGUGCAGCCGAUAGAGAAGAUGCCAAAGCAAGAGCUCGCACCUUAGCAUCAUUUGGUAUAGACGAAAAAGUCCGUGCUUUGGCAGAAGACGUCGACGCUGAUACACGAGAGAGGGUCAAGACAGCUGUACGGCAAAUCGACGAAUUAUUGGAGGGUGGUCGUUACCGAUGA